AUGAAGAUUUUAGAAGUGCUAGUGCAAGAUAGGAAGACCAAUGACACCAAGAUUGGGAUCGUUGAAGCAAGGUUGAACAACCUCGAGGCCGGAAUAAACACCACUGCCACCGCCGUUACCAACAUAGAGAAUCAAAUGGACCAAGUCCAACAAAAGAUUGAGGAGGAUAAGGCAAAGGCAGUAGCACGAGUAGCCGACAUAAACAAGAAGUGGGUUGCAAAGCAGAAAACGGAUGAAGUCAAUAUCUCCGGAACAAAUUUUGGAGUCUGCCCGACGCCCAGCGGACUGGUAGCACCUGCCAAACAGGAGCUCGUGCGGCACAAUGGGAUUGUGGUCCCUUUCCAGCCGAAGAAGAAGUUCAAGCUUGAAGAGCAAUUCAAGCACUUCCUAAACAUGUUCUGCAAAGUCCAUACUAACAUCCCUCUCGUCGACUCUUUGCAGGAAAUUCCUAGGUACGCUAAGCUACUAAGGGAGGCCGUGAUGAAAAAGAAAAAGCUCCCCAAGGCCGACCUCAAGUUGCCUCUUCAUUGCAGCGAGAUCAUAAAAAGGGAGAAGGCCGUGAAGCAAAGAGACCCCGACCAGUUCAUCAUUAGGUGCUCAAUUGGACAAGGCAAGGUGAACAAGGCCCUUUGCGAUUUAGGAGCACGUAUAAAAUCAUGCCACUGA